AUGGCUGCAUGUGGUAUUGAAGAUUCAGUAUUAACAUCAAGAUUUUAUCAGACAACGAAUACAAUGAGAAAAACACAAUCAUCUUCAAUUGAAAAAAACAAUCAACAAUGUUUAUUUGAUUUUCAUAUUAAUUCUAUUCAAAUAGAUUCAACAAUGUCAUUAAGAAAUCCUGAAUUAACAAAAAAAAGACCAUUCAAUCGAAGUAAUACAUAUAAUAGUAAGAACGACCUGAUAAGAACAGUUAUUGACAACAGCUGUUCGAUGCAAGCUGUUUCAGAAAAUAAUAAUGUUGAAACUCAAACAACAUUGAUUCGACCGACAACGUUGGUUGAAAAAGAUUCAACAACUAGUCGUCCUAUUCCACUUCUUCGAACAUGUUUCAGUCAGCCAUCAACAUCAUCUAAUCCUUUCUUUCCAAUCGAUGAUAACGAUUUUUCAUCUACUAAAUUUGCUUUCUUACCCGCACUUACAUCUCCACCACCUAAACGUCUUCGACAACAAAAUUUAACUUUGGCAUCGAAAAAUCUCUCCGAUCCUAAUAUAUCUAAAACUGUUUCUACAUCAUUUUCAUCAACAUCAUCCAUUAAUUUUAUUGAUUCAUUCGAAUUAGCCGAUAAAUUAAAAGAAAAUUUUCAAAUAACUAUUUUCGAUUGUGGUUCACCAUUUCGUUAUAGUGAAAAUCAUAUUUCUAAUUCUAAUUUACUUCGUGUUUCGGAUAGAAUUUCUCGUAAACGUUUAAAAACAAAUUUAAUAAAACAUUCAAUUAUUGAUAUAAAAAAAUUAAAUGAAUGUGAUUUUAUUAUACUUUAUGAUGAUAAUACGGAUAAUUAUCAUGAAUUAUCAGCAGGAUUAAAAUGUGCAUAUGAAGAAAUUCAACAUUGUCUUACAACAAUCGAACAUCCUCAAAUAUUAGUUCUUAAAAAUUCAUUUGAUCAUUUUUUAAAUCUUUAUCCAAAUUUAUGUGAAUCAUUUCAAUCAGCUUCUUCAUCACAAAUAAAUGAUUCAUCAUUACAAUCAACAUCUAUUUUACCAAAUUUAGAUCUUGAAAAUUAUCCAAUGACACAUAUUAUCGAUGGAUUAUUUAUUGGUAGUGAAUCAAAUGCUAAAAAUUUCGAAGAACUAUCUACGGAAAAAAUUCGACAUAUUAUUAAUGUAACAUCUAAUGUACCAUCAUAUCAUUUGGAUAAAUUUCAUUAUUAUCAUAUGCCAGCUGAUGAUACACAAAGACAAAAUUUAUUAGAUUAUUUUGAUCAAGCAUAUAAAUUUAUAUAUAAUGCUAUUAAAAAUCAUGAAAAUAUUCUUGUUCAUUGUGUUGCUGGAAUUAGUCGAUCACCAGCUAUAGUUAUAAGUUUUUUAAUGCGCUAUGCACAUAUGAAUAUGGAUGAUGCUUAUGAAUUCGUUAAAAAAAAACGUUCAAUCGUUUCACCAAAUUUAAAUUUUAUGGGACAAUUACUUCUUUAUGAAAAAAAAUUACAAGAACAAAAAUAA